CGCGAUUCUUGAACUGGAAUCAACAACAUCCACAAAAAAAAAACCACCUACCUUUCUUCCUCAUUCUUACCCCGCGCAACCCGAUUCCCCUUGUCUCUUUCUCAGAACUACACACACACAUCAAUAAAAAUGUCACCCACAACAUCAACCUACCUCUUCGGAGGUCCCAACCCCUGGACCCCCGAAGACUGGACCUCCUCCGAUGACCGCGUCCGCGGCGGCGCCUCCCACUCCUACCUGACCAUCACGCCUUCUUCUUCCGACGACGAAAAGACCACAGCCCGCUUCCACGGCACCCUCGACAUCCACACCCUGGGCGGCGCCGGCUUCGCCUCCCAGCGCACGACCACCACGACCAAAGAAUGGGACCUCUCCCGCUUCUCGGGGCUAGAGGUGCAUGUCCCCCGCGCCGACGACAAGCGCUACACCCUCACGCUGAAGGAUGAGAUCCGGCCGAAUCGGCCGGACGGGCGGGAGCGAAGUUCGCUGUCGUGGGAGGUGGACUUCACCGUACCGGAAGGGGGUGGGAGGUUGCGGUUCGCGUGGAAGGCGUUUCGGCCGACGUACCGUGGGAGGGAGUUGAGGGAUGGGGUCAAGCCGUUGGAUUUGGAGAGGGUGAGGAGGGUGGGGAUUAUGGUGAGGAGUUUCUUUGGGGAGCAGGAGGGGGAGUUUGAGUUGGUAGUGGAGUCGAUCCAGGGGUUUGAGGCCCCGAAGGAGGAGAUGAGGUACAAGGAUGAUGUUUCUGCGACUACUUGUGCAGUGGAUGAGGAGUAUAAUGAGAAGUGGGGUGAGAAAAGGGAGGGGGAGGGGCUGAGUCGCGAGGCGCAAUGGAUGAGUAGCUCACGGCCUUGGGAUCGCUUGAGGGCGAUGUUCUGCUGUGGAAUCUAGUAUUCUUGAGUUCCAUCAAGACGAAGGUUGGGUGAAGCUAAAAUAGAAAAAUCAACACUAUGGAUGCGAUGAC